GACACUCAUCUGGUGUCUGAGUCUGCAGGUGACACUGGUUAGGUACGGAGCGCGGAGUCAGAGUGGGGACGCGCCGAGCUGCAGCCUUAGCAUGGAAUCCACCUGCCUGCCCAGCGGUUCGCGGCUCAUCCCGCAGUUCCUCCGCUGAGCUCGGAGGAUUCGGAAGGACUUGGGAAAUGCACCUGCCGCGCGCUCCGAGGACACCGGCAGGUCCUCAGGCAGCCGAAGGAGCCCAGACGCCCGAGGAACGGUUUCUGCUCAUGUGCAAGGCACAGAUUUCGGAUGACAGGGCGGGUGAGUCUCUUUAGAGUUGGAAAAAAAGGGCAAGAUCUUGGUUUCACCUCGGUCGAGGGACAGGGAACUCCUCAGUUGCCUUCCCACUUUCCUCACCUCUCCCACGCCGCGUGCGACCCAGCCUAGCACUGAUCCCACUUCACAGAUGCUGUGGGUUCCUGGGAUGCUCGCCGCUCCGCGGCAAGGCAGCAGGCUAGUGGUCUAACCGCCAGGGCGACGUUGGCGGCGGCGGCGGCGGCGGCGGCAACAGCAAAGCCCAGAGCAGGAGAAUUUGAAAAGAGACAUCCGUUCCCUCUCUCAAGCUGAGGGGGGAGGCUUCGCAUUUCCCCAAAGGAGAAAGAUCUACAAGAAAUCAUGAAGUAAAAACUUUGGAAGGCUGCCACUGGAGAUGUUGCACAAAAAUCGGGCAUCUUUUAGGAGCCUCCUCGCAGUCCUUGGUGGUUUGGGGAGCAGCUGAUACAGCAAGAAGGGCUUUUGCAAGGAUUCAAGUUUGGAGCCCUGGAGGAGCAGCACGGAGUGGGAGAGCGUGGCGAGAGAAUGAAGACACUAACCGCCUGGGAGAAGCAUGAGGUGGCAGCGCAGCUCUCAGUUUAGAGGGCUUUGGCCGGAGGCCGCCCCAUGGGCAGUCCUGCUAGCACUUGGCGUACCCGGGUGGGUGCUGGCUGCCUCGGCUACCGUGGCCGCUGUGGUCCCGGAACAGCAUGCCUCCUCGGCUGCCCAGGCUCCCCUGGACUGGCUGCUCACAGACCGAGGCCCCUUCCACCGAGCCCAGGAGUAUGCUGAUUUUAUGGAGCGUUACCGGCAGGGGUUCACCACCAGGUACAGGAUCUACAGGGAGUUUGCCCGAUGGAAAGUGAACAACUUGGCCCUAGAAAGGAAAGACUUCUUCAGUUUGCCCCUGCCUCUCGCCCCAGAGUUUGUCCGCAACAUCCGCCUCCUCGGAAGGAGACCCAACCUGCAACAGGUUACUGAAAACCUCAUCAAAAAGUACGGCACCCAUUUCUUACUUUCUGCCACUCUCGGAGGGGAAGAGUCCCUGACCAUUUUUGUGGACAAGAGGAAACUGAGCAGAAAAUCAGAAACAUCAGGAGGUGUCCCUGUGGUUGGGGGCAGUGGGAACAGCUCUGCUGUGUCCCUGGAAACCCUGCACCAGCUGGCGGCUUCCUACUUCAUUGACAGAGAAAGCACACUGCGCAGACUGCACCAUAUCCAGAUAGCCACAGGGGCUAUUAAGGUCACAGAGACCAGGACUGGUCCACUGGGCUGCAGCAACUAUGACAACCUGGAUUCAGUCAGCUCUGUCCUGGUUCAGAGUCCAGAGAACAAAGUACAGUUACUGGGCCUGCAGGUGCUGCUUCCUGAACACCUGCGUGAGCGGUUUGUGGCGGCAGCACUUAGCUACAUCACUUGCAGCUCUGAGGGUGAACUUGUCUGCAGGGAGAAUGACUGCUGGUGCAAGUGCAGCCCCACUUUCCCAGAAUGCAACUGUCCUGAUGCUGACAUUCAGUCCAUGGAAGACAGCCUGCUGCAGAUUCAAGACUCCUGGGCCACUCACAACAGGCAGUUUGAAGAGUCAGAAGAAUUCCAGGCCCUGCUGAAGAGGCUGCCCAGUGACCGAUUCCUGAACUCCACAGCCAUCUCCCAGUACUGGCUCAUGGACACUAAUGUCCAGCACCGCUACCAACAGCUGGGAGCCAGCCUGAAAGUCCUGUUAAAGAAGAUGCACCGGAUUGUCCGCCGCCUCUUCAAUCUCUGCAAGCGCUGCCAUCGGCAGCCCCGUUUCCGCCUGCCCAAGGAGAGGUCCCUGUCUUUCUGGUGGAACCGAAUCCAAUCCCUUCUCUACUGUGGAGAAAGCACCCUCCCCGGGACCUUCCUGGAACAGAGCCACAGCUGCACCUGUCCCUAUGACCAAUCUUCCUGCCAGGGCCCCAUCCCAUGUGCCUUGGGUGAAGGGUCUGCGUGCGCCCACUGUGCUUCAGACAAUAGUACUCGCUGCGGGAGCUGCAACCCUGGCUAUGUGCUGGCCCAAGGACUGUGCCGUCCCGAGGUAGCUGAGUCCCUGGAGAACUUCCUGGGACUGGAGACAGACCUGCAGGACUUAGAGCUGAAGUACCUGCUGCAGAAGCGAGACAGCCGCAUUGAGGUCCACUCCAUCUUCAUCAGCAACGACAUGCGCCUCGGCAGCUGGUUUGACCCUUCCUGGAGGAAGCGGAUGCUGCUGACUCUGAAGAGCAACAAAUACAAGCCCGGGCUGGUGCAUGUCAUGUUAGCCUUGUCCCUGCAGAUCUGUCUCACUAAGAACAGCACCCUGGAGCCUGUCAUGGCCAUCUACGUCAACCCCUUCGGGGGCAGCCACUCCGAGAGCUGGUUCAUGCCUGUCAAUGAGGGCAACUUUCCUGACUGGGAAAGGACUAACGUGGAUGCAGCUGCCCAGUGCCAAAACUGGACAAUCACAUUGGGAAACAGGUGGAAGACUUUCUUUGAAACAGUCCAUGUUUACCUAAGGAGCCGAAUCAAGUCCCUGGAUGACAGCUCCAACGAGACAAUCUACUAUGAGCCCCUGGAGAUGACGGAUCCCUCCAAGAACUUGGGCUACAUGAAAAUCAACACCUUGCAGGUCUUUGGCUACAGCCUGCCCUUUGAUCCGGAUGCUAUCCGAGACCUAAUUCUCCAGCUAGAUUACCCAUAUACGCAAGGUUCCCAGGACUCUGCCCUCUUACAACUCAUUGAGCUCAGAGACCGGGUCAAUCAACUCUCUCCACCUGGCAAAGUCCGACUGGACCUUUUCUCCUGCUUGCUCCGGCAUAGGCUCAAGCUGGCCAACAACGAGGUGGGCAGGAUCCAAUCCUCCCUGAGAGCUUUCAAUUCCAAGCUGCCAAAUCCUGUCGAAUAUGAGACAGGCAAACUCUGUAGCUAAUGGGGGAACUACCCCAGCACUGGUCAGAGAGUUGAUCCACACAUUCAGGGUGCAAAGAUAAUCCGAGCCCUCACCUCAGUGCCAACAGGGUGCUUUUAUGGGACUUUCAGCACCUGGGAGAUGGGAGCUCAAGGCUUGAACUGAAGCAGGCGAGAGACAAUGAAACAGCCACCGCACACGUGCACAAGUGCAUACAACACCCCCUCCCCGCCCCGACUCACAAGGAGGCCACAGCUCAGCAGCCUCGGGUCUGUAAAGUUGGUGCUCUCUAAAACAAAUGCAUUUGAAGAAGAGCCAAGGAAGAGAUAAAAAGAACCAGCUAAACCAUACAAGAAACGAAGUGAAAAUGCUUCAAGGUGAUUUUUGUCAUCCAAGACAGCAAGAGGGGACAAGAGUGGGAGGGGCGGGAGACCUCCCCUCUGUGGAGUCACUUUUGUAUUCUUUUUAACCAGAUUUCUUAAAAUGUUGUUGUUCUGUGACUCCCUGCAUCGGUUCUUACUUUUUGUACACUGCCUUCCUGCACCCUGGGGGGCCAUGGGCUGAUGGCUUUCCAUGCCACUUCUUCAGAAAGUGUGUGCAGUGCUACGGCAGAGGAGCCAACACUAAGGGCAGGCCACAGCCUCCUUGCUCACUCCCUCACUUCUUCCUCCUGCCAGCUCCCUCACUUUCUUGCCCCCCCCCCAGUUUCACAGUUUUGACUUGUUCCAAGAGCCCCUCACAGUUCAUCCAGAGCCCUCUUCCCACAGCACCUGUCUGUCCAAGGAAGCAGUUUUGUCAAGUUAGAGAUGAUGUAUAUGGAAAUGUUCUUUUUUAAAAAACAACAAAACAAAAAAUAUUUAUUUUGUGAUUGUUUUUCUUGUCAACCUGCUCCAGUCAUAUGAACCUCUGAGUAAAAUUUUACUUGACUUAAUGAAUUUUAAAGACCCUUUUUAGUGGGAAAAUGAGAGAGAAAAGAGAAACAUAGUUCCUUGGAUUGAGUGAAUGUUUAUCAGUAUUAUUAUCAUCAUCAUCCUGUGUCUGAAAGGAGUAUCCACAGAUGAUGUACAUUGAUGUGGGAGGCUGGCUGAUUAGUGUAUGUAUGUGUUAAUUUGUGCCUGUGUUAACUCAGGUAUG